AUCGUGCCGACUGUAGCCCCCCACACCCCUCCCGCCCCGCCAUUUACGUCGUACACUACACUUUUAUGCAGCUUCGGACGAAAUGCUUGAAGAACUACGUCAGGUACUGCGGGCAGUUGCCUUGUUGGCCCCCAAACGACAGUCUGGAGGACUUCUGGUGGUCGUCUGGUCUCAAGCAGAAGGUCACGGCCAGAAAUGCUGCUGUACAGUUGUAGCUACAGGUGGCUGGCACAAAAAGAUGUCAGAGAAAAAUCUACAAGCUGCUCUCACAGAUAUAAACGAAGGACUCCUUCCCAACCUGCUGUGGUCUGUGAUGCCUGAUCCUGAAGAAGUCAGCAGAUUCUCCAAUCUUUACGGUCCUGUGAAAUUAUCACUUACCUUUCAGAUGAAAGAUGUUCGUAUAUCUCCGGAGUGCCAAGCUCACGUGGAAUCUUUCCUACACACGUUCAGUUUGGUAAAUGCAGCGAUAGAAGUUCAGCUCAUAAUUAACUUAAGUCUUCAGAAGUUCCGGAAAAGCUUCAGGGCUAAGUUUAGGAGCAAAGUUUCCCUGCCAGAUCAACCACCUGCAGUUCUGGAUGCCACCUGUGUCGCCAUACCUCACGUGUGUGUGGGCGGGGGUCCCUGGUGUGCUGGAGGUCAUGCCGUCCUUGGAAGCAAAGUGCCGCUCAGCAUCCCACUUGAAGUGAUGGAUCGAGGCUUGUUCGGGGAACUCAAUGCUCAGCUUGUCUUGCUGCUGACCCCCUGCAUGCGUCAGUUCCCAAAUCUGCAAACAAACCUGUGCCAGAUCCAAGUGCUGUUCUACGCUCCCAGUAAAAUCCCAGUCAUAGGCCCUUCCCACUUCUUCCAGAGUCUCCCCAGUCAUAUUGAUGGUCAGGAACUGGGACUGCACAGUCUUCAGUGGUCUGGCUUCACAGAUCCUUCAAACUGUGGCAACAUUGUCUUCACAGUGGAGUCAGAACACCCUUCCGAGUCAGAGGAAAGGGAAAGAUGUCUCCUCUUCGAGCAGAAUCUGUCUGUUUUUGUCUUCCUACGGCACAGCGACCCCUUCAUGUCUCAUUUCUCUGAAGUCUUGUCGACUGAGACACUCCUAGGGCACCACCUUGAGGACAUUCUUCAGAACAACAGGCAGGCGGUCGUGGCAGCUUUUCAGAACGAUCUGAGAAGCACUUUGAAAUUGCAAAAUCAAAGGAGAAAGAAUCAUCAAAAGUUCAAGUCGGGAGUGAGGAUGAUGCUCAAGUCUACCAUGAGUAUUGUGAGGUCCAGCUGCAGCGUGGACUUCAGGAGAGCCUGCUUCACCCGCAUGAUGGUAAAUAACUCUCAUGAUCUGUCCACCUCCCUGGGUGAAUCACUAACCAGAGUGACAUCAUGGAAAUUUGUUCGCAACAGCAGAUGCUUCUCUGCUCGGGAAGAGGACGGCCCCGGGCUUAAUGGUGUCUCCAGACCAGCAAUGUGAUCACGUCUGUGGUCUGAAGGUUCAGCAUAUGGCGAGACGUUCACUGUGAUAUUGAGGUGUUUUUGUACGUUCGAUGUGUAGUUCUGUUGUCUCUGCCUUAGUGAUUCUGAGAAGUCAGAAAGAACAGUGUUUAUUUUCAGAUGAUAUUAACUCUCAGACUAAGGUUCUAAGGACGAAGGAUAUAUAACUUGAAUGAUGUUACUUCAGAAACUGACUUCCCUUUCAUUUGAAAAUAAAAGCAGAACCAUAAACCUCAAGGUCUCUUCUCUGAAGCAGACUAAAGGGUUCUGAAAAAACUCAUCCGAGGCUUUAAUGAAUGGGUUUGUUUUUUUUAGAUCAGUGUGGCAGUGUGGAAGCUGCGGUGGCUCCUGAAGGCUGUGGAGGAAACCAAAUGUGUUUGUGGGAGCCACAAUUUUACAUUCACACUGAAGAUAAGAGUAAUAUUGUGUCAGCCGUUUAAAGACUGGACCCUCUGCCCAUGUGAAGGACAAAAAUAGCACUCAAAAAGAGAAAGCAGAUGUUAAACCACAGUUUCCACCAUCAGAUGCGGAGAAGCUGAUGAAUGCGGGGAAAAGUAUGUUAGAUCCUUGAAUGGAAAUUUCUGUUCCUCAAGGAAAUGUCUUGCUUUGUAGUAGGAUUUUAUUCUUAUGGUUUCAUAAGAAUAAGAGAGUGUGUGUGUGGCAACAGAUGGGGUUUUGCAUUACUUCCUCCCAUGUAUAUUUGAGAGCCUGUUUAAAGGCUCUUGUUUGUGGAGUGAAACCAGAAACGCAGAAGGAUGACAGUCAAGCUGUGUUUUAUCGUCUCCAAGAAAGGAAGUUGGCUUCUUCAGCAUUAUUUGUGAGCAUGGUUGAUGCUGUAGUUAAUGAAGAUUUGCCUUCUGCUUCAUUCAUGUCUGACACACUGUACUUGGAUUGGGAUUGGGUCAGCUCUACAUCUGAGGCCUUGGUUCUCAUCAGUUACUGUUUGAGCUACUCAUUCACUGCAUACCAAAUAUCCAGCUACCGCUCACUUACUAUUUUAUUUUGAUUUUGAUGUUCCUUCCCUUUUCCUUCUCUGUUUACUUCCUGUCAGUCCGUGAUUUCCUUCCCCAUCCUUCUGUAAUUCACCCAUGUGUAAUUUAUCUUUUUUUUAGAUGUUUUUUUUUUAAAUAACUGUGGUGCUGUCUUUCAGGCCGUUUGUUUCGUAUGAGUGCAUUUUUUUCGUUUUCAUUUCCUCUCUUGAUUAUUCCCCUGAGAGAUCUGAACUUUUUUAAACAUCCCCUUGUUCCUUUUGCUGUUUACAUCUUUGAUCACCACUUCCUUCAUAUUUCAUCCCACUCAGCUAUCUCUCAAACAUGUGCUUCUUCUCCCCCUUAUGUGCUCUCAGUGCAGGUCACUUCCUCUCUGGGCCAGUAGUACAUUUAUGGUGAUGUAUCUAUUAAGACUGAUUAUAUGAACUAGUGUGUUGUUUCAUUUUUUCAUUAAGUGAAAAGAUAGACAGACAUUUCGGCAUGACAAGAUUUGUUUCUUUAGCUCUUAGUAUAUUUGCAAAUCUUCUCAGUAAUGUACAACAAAUGUUAAUUGUGAAUGAACAGAAGUAUGUGUUGCUUUUAACAUGGUUGAACCAGAGUUCAUUACCUGAGAAAAUGUAAUGUGUGAGAAAUGUGAAAAUGUGAGAAAUUUAUUUACAUGUGUUAGCUGCUUCCUUCUACAUGUGUUUAAUUAUGAACAAGGCUUCAACUGGACUGGAAAUGUCACCACGUAACGUUGACUCAGGGGAACCACCUCCCUCGCUCAGCGGGCGUCGUGCAGCCAGGGACACAUCACCUGACCUUUUCUCUGAAUUAGGA